AUGGCGGCCCAACAGGCUCAGCCUAGCGAUAAAGUCCAUGAAUACCAUCUCGGUACUACACCUAUUAUGAAAACUGUGCACUCGCUCAAGACCAAGUUGGGUGUUGUCGCUGCUAACAGUCCCAGCUCAAGUACUCCGUACAUGUACGGAUGCAGUGCUCGCCAAGACCCUAGCGCAUCAUCUCUCGGGCAACCACAUGAAUCACCUUCUUUGGUAUCGCGCCAAAGUCGGAACAACGUGGACUAA